AUGGCUAACUCCGACAUCCCUAAGGAACUGCAAGCCAGCAUCGAUGCUACCCAAGUGACUUACAAGCAGCUCGGAAGCUCCGGACUGCGUGUCUCAGUCCCCAUCCUGGGCGCCAUGUCCCUCGGCCACAAGGACUGGCAACAAUGGGUCGUUGACGACGAAGCCGAGGUCUUCAAGAUCUUGCAAGCAGCCUACGACCGCGGCCUCAACACCUGGGACACAGCCAACGUCUACUCCAACGGCGUCUCGGAAGAGCUGAUCGGGCGCUUCAUCAAGCACGCGCUGAUCCCGCGGCGCAAGCUGGUGCUGCUGACAAAAUGCUACGGCUACGUGGGCGAGACGCCGGCCAUCAGCACGAUGCGCUUCACGCAGGCGCGCGACACGCGCGACUACGUCAACCAGGGGGGCCUGUCGCGCGCCGCCAUCUUCAACGCCGUCGACGCCAGCCUGCGCCGCCUGCAGACGUCGUACAUCGACGUGCUGCAGAUCCACCGCUUCGACCCGACCGUGCCCGUCGAGGAGACCAUGGAGGCCCUGCACGACCUCGUGCGCAGCGGCAAGGUGCGCUACAUCGGCGCCAGCUCCAUGUGGGCCUACCAGUUCGCCAAGAUGCAGUUCGUCGCUGAGAAGCGCGGCUGGACCAAGUUUAUUAGCAUGCAGAACCACUACAGCUUGUGCUAUAGAGAAGAAGAGCGUGAAAUGAACCCCUUCUGCCACGAAAGCGGGGUCGGACUGAUCCCGUGGUCUCCCCUCUUCCGCGGCCUGCUCGCGCGGCCGCUCGACACGCCCGAGACGGAGCGGGCCAAGGCUAUGAGGAAUCACCCGUUCCACAUCGUGACGGAGGUCGACCACCAGAUCAUCGGGCGCGUACAGGAGCUGGCGAAGAAGAAGGGCUGGGCCAUGUCGCAGGUGGCGCUGGCGUGGAUAGUCCAGAAGGGCACGAUUCCCAUUGUCGGCUUCAGUAGCGUCGAGAGGUUGGAUGAGGCGGUCAAGGUGAAUGGGAAGACGCUGACGGACGAGGAGAUCAAGUUCCUGGAGGAGCUUUAUGUGCCUAAGGCGAUCUCCGGACACUCCUGA